AUGUGAGUAUUUUCAUCCUUUUCUUUCAAACGUUGUUUUGUAAAGGUGCUUCUUCUAUUUUUAAAUCACAAAAUGGACAAAAUGGACCCGAAGUUAUUGAAAGAGCAUGCCAGUUUUAAGAAAAGAAGCCUUCUCACACCUUCAGUGGAAUCUAAGAAGUCAAAAGACAAGGCAAAGGAAAAAUCAAAAUCGUUUAAAGAUGAUUCCUCGAAGAAGUCACAGAAGAGAACGUUCAGCAGUAGUUUUUCUCAGCCGAAGAAAACGCCAAGUAGUUACGAUUAUAAAACCGUAACACUUCGUCCGAAGAACCGGUUUGCUGUUCUAGCCAGCAUCAUAGACGCUAUGAAGAAACGCCAUCUUGACGGGGAGUUUGAUCCACUUUCCCUGGAUGAAAUACUAGAUCGGAUCAAGUACACAGACAUAGAUCCCAACGAUAAGAGUUGGUUGGCUAACCAAGCUUUGAGAGAGAAUGAAAAGCUAACUUGCAAGGCUGGGAAAUUCGUAUUCAAACCAAUUUAUAACAUGAAAAACAAAAAGCAGUUUUUAGAUGUUUUGCAGCGGCACUACAAUGAAGGCAUGGGAGGAAUGCUUUUUGGCGAUGUUGAAGAAAGCCUUCCUUCUGCCGAAAGAAUUGUCAGGAGCACAAUGAGAAAGGGUCAUGUUUUAACUGUGACUAGAUCAACAGAUAAGAAAAUAGUGCUAUUGCAUAAUGAUGUACAGCACUGGAUGGAUACUGAUGCAAAGUUCAAAGAACUCUGGCAUCAUUCUAGUGUUGAAGGAAUGGGAGAAACUGAUAUUGAAAGAUAUCUUGUGAACCAUGGUUAUAGUGCAAUGAAGGAUUCCGCUUUGAGGAAGCCUUUGCCUCCAGCUCAAAAGAAACGAGGCAAUCGAAAGAAGAAUAAUUUCAAGGUUCAAAAUGUCCAUUUGGAACAAGGACUUUUAAAAGACUUCAAUAAUAUACAGAAAUGAGAACAUGUUGUUUGCCUGAGGACAGCUGUCCAAGGCUGGAUAGCACUAUUCACUGGAUAAAAACCUUAUAAAUUUUGAGCUGUUAUUAAAAAGAAUACUAAAUUUAGGAAUAUUCCAGAAAUAGUCCAGGUUAUAUUGAACAAUGGGCACUUUUAUAGCAUUUGAAAAAAACCUUAUGAGGUGGAUAGUACUGUCCAGCGCCUGAGAGAAACUUUCUACUAAAAAGCCACAAAUAUUGAAGAUCCUGUAUGCUAAUAUCCAACUAAAUAUAGCAAUCUCCACUUCUUGUUCGAGUGAUCUGAAGGCAAUACACCAAGAAUCCUAUGACCUCUGGUUUAGAAAUAUUGGCUGCAGACACAAUGGAAUGUACAAAAGGGUUGUUUAACUUUGGUGUUUUUUUUUAUCGAGAUCCACUCUAGUGUAUGUUUUUCUCACAAAGAUAUGUAGGGCAUAAUUAUAGAAGAGCAAUGAGACAGAAAUAUUCAUCUUUAGUUACAAAUCAUAUCUGUGGGAAUUGCAACAGAAAAGGCAAGCCUAACAAGUGAAUGUGGUUUGCCUGUGUACUAGUAUAACAUACGGUUAAAAGAGUUAUAAAAUUAUCAGCCAAACUAUCGUGUACUCUUGUGACAUUUUCUAAGCAGACAUCUUGUGUAUUACCAUGUAAAAAAUCAUGAGAAAUUCAUUUCAAUAUAUGCAUAUUGUCUGGCAUUAAGAGGAAGAGAAUGUGUUAAGUGAACAGCACAACCCCAACGUGAUUUCGAGACAAACGCUUAUUCCAAUUUUGUUUAAAAGAGGUUACACUUUCGUGUUAAAAAGA